AUGAGUAAGUUAGAAGGAAAAAAUUCAUUGUUAAAUACUUCGACUGAAGAAUCUGAUGAAAUAUUUCACGAUGUUGAUGUUUUACAAAAUUACGGAAUAAAUGUUGCGGAUAUAAAAAAAUUAAAAGCUUCUGGAAUAUGUACGAUAAAGGGUAUUCAAAUGACAAUAAAAAGACGUUUAUGUGCCAUAAAAGGUUUUUCCGAAGCCAAAGUUGACAAAAUAAAAGAAGCUUGUGCAAAAAUUUAUACAGUACAUUUUUCGACCGCGUUAGAAGUUAGCAAUAAGAGAAAACAAGUAUUUAAAAUUUCAACCGGAAGUCAAGAACUAGAUAAAUUAAUCGGAGGUGGUAUCGAAUCCAUGGCAAUUACAGAAGCAUUCGGAGAAUUUAGAACGGGAAAAACGCAAAUGUCUCAUACCUUGUGUGUGACAGCUCAACUACCCAACGAUACAGGCUAUACAGGAGGAAAAGUUAUUUUUCUCGACACCGAACAUACCUUUCGACCGGAUCGUUUGCGUUUGAUUGCUGAUAGAUUUGAUUUAAGCCAAGAAGAAGUUUUGGGAAACGUUCUUUAUGCAAGAGCUUAUACGAGCGAACAUCAACAAGAAUUACUUGAUUAUGUUGCAGCUAAAUUUUACGAAGAAGCCGGAAUAUAUAAAUUAUUGGUGGUCGAUUCCAUAAUGGCUUUGUUUCGAGUCGAUUACAGCGGAAGAGGAGAAUUGGCUGACAGACAGCAAAAAUUGGCGCAAUUAAUGUCGAGACUUCAAAAAAUUUCGGAGGAAUACAACGUUGCCGUUUUUAUAACAAAUCAAAUGACGGCGGAUCCGGGAGCGACGCUCUCGUUUCAGGCUGAUCCGAAAAAGCCGAUCGGGGGUAAUAUAUUAGCUCAUGCUUCCACGACGAGGCUUUCCUUUAGAAAAGGUAGAGGAGAAAUAAGGAUAGCCAAGGUAUACGACAGUCCCGACAUGCCUGAAAACGAAGCCACGUUUGCAAUAACAGCCGGUGGCAUAGACGAUGCCAAAGAUUGA